UUUCCACAUUACCGGCAUUCAACUCCGCUGCCGGUCGCAUAUUUUUUAGGCGUCGGUAAAAAAAAAAACCUCGCUGAAGCUGAAUUUAUCUUUAUUUUUUUAUUGAAUCCGCUGUUAUUGAAAUGCCUGGAUACUCCGACAGAGACCGCGGCCGCGACAGAGACAGAGGCUAUGGCGGAGGCGGAGGACCUCCUCGCUUUGGCGGCAACCGCGGCGGUGGAGGCGGCGGCGGGGGAGGAAAGUUCGGGAACCCCGGUGAACGGCUCCGUAAGAAACACUGGAACAUGGACGAGCUCCCCAAGUUCGAGAAGAACUUCUACCAGCAGCACCCGGACGUCGACCGCAGGCCACCGCAAGAAGUGGAGCUGUACAGGAGGACCAAAAUCAUCACAGUGAAGGGGAGAGACUGCCCGAACCCCAUCGCCAAGUUCCACGAGGCCAGCUUUCCCACUUAUGUGAUGGAUGUGAUCACCAAAAUGAACUGGACCGACCCGACACCCAUCCAGGCUCAGGGAUGGCCUCUGGCGCUUAGUGGCAAGGACAUGGUCGGCAUUGCUCAGACUGGCUCUGGCAAAACUCUUUCGUAUCUGUUGCCCGCCAUCGUGCACAUCAACCACCAGCCGUUCCUGGAACGUGGCGAUGGGCCCAUUUGUUUGGUGCUGGCCCCCACCCGUGAGCUGGCUCAGCAGGUGCAACAGGUGGCUGCAGAAUACGGUAGAGCUUCUCGCCUGAAGACCACCUGUAUCUACGGCGGCGCACCUAAAGGACCACAGAUUCGUGACCUGGAAAGAGGUGUGGAGAUUUGCAUCGCCACUCCGGGCAGACUCAUUGACUUCCUGGAGGCUGGAAAGACAAAUCUCCGUCGUUGCACAUAUCUGGUGCUGGAUGAGGCCGACAGAAUGCUGGACAUGGGCUUCGAACCACAGAUCCGAAAAAUCGUUGACCAAAUCAGGCCUGACCGUCAGACUCUGAUGUGGAGUGCUACUUGGCCCAAAGAGGUUCGUCAGCUUGCAGAAGACUUCCUGAAGGAAUAUGUCCAGAUCAAUGUCGGGGCUCUGCAGCUCAGUGCCAACCACAACAUCCUGCAGAUAGUCGACGUCUGCAAUGACGGGGAGAAGGAGAACAAACUGAUCCGUCUGCUUGAGGAAAUCAUGAGUGAGAAGGAGAACAAAACCAUCAUCUUUGUUGAGACAAAGAGGCGAUGUGAUGACCUCACCAGGAGGAUGAGACGUGAUGGGUGGCCAGCUAUGGGAAUCCAUGGAGAUAAAAGCCAACAGGAAAGAGACUGGGUUCUCAAUGAGUUCAAAUAUGGAAAGGCUCCAAUUCUUAUUGCUACAGAUGUUGCUUCCAGGGGUCUAGAUGUUGAAGACGUGAAAUUUGUCAUCAACUUUGACUACCCCAACAACUCAGAGGACUAUAUCCACCGCAUUGGCAGAACAGCUCGUAGUCAAAAGACUGGAACCGCUUAUACCUUCUUCACUCCCAACAACAUGAGGCAGGCCAGCGACCUCAUCGCUGUGCUCCGCGAGGCCAACCAGGCGAUCAACCCCAAGCUCCUCCAAAUGGCAGAAGACAGAGGAGGUCGUUCAAGGGGAGGCCGAGGUGGUGAUUUCCGGGACAGGGAUAGGUAUUCCUCUGGAAGGCGUGAUUUUGGCAGUUUUAGGGAUAGGGAUAAUGGUAGAGGGUUUGACAACGGACCAAAUAAAUUUGGCACAAACACACAAAAUGGAGGCUAUGGGAACAGUACUGGCAACGGCAGUGGCAAUGGCUACGGUGGAGGCAGCUUCACUGGUAACGGACAGUCCAACUUUACUGGCAACCAAACUGGGGCCUUUGGAGCCCAGACCACCUUCCAGGCUCCGCAGUUUGCCCCCGUUAAGGCCGGCGCUCCGAACGGCGCAAGUCACCCCCCGUUCCCCUUCCCCCCGGCACAGGCGCCACAGCAGCAUCCUCCUCCACUGGUGCCGUACGCCAUGCCUCCUCAGUUCACUCAGUAAACGCACCACACACACUUGAAAAGUAAUUUAUUGCUUUUUUGUCCUGUUAAAUUCUAUAGAUCCAGAUUUUUUUGUAUUUACAGAACAGGGUUACAAACAACUUGGACCUCUGUCAAGCCUUUUAUGAUCUGCAGUGCAGCAAUAGCGACGCUGCACCCUUCUUUUCCUCUUACUAUUUAAUUUGUUACAUUCCUUUAGUAAUAUGUUAUGUUUUGUACUAGGUAAUUACAAUUGUACUGGUUUUUCACGUGUUUCCUUGAAAGUGAUGUUAAGCUCCUACCCUGGAAGUGCACUGCAUGAUCUUUCAAAUAAAACAUAAAAAUAAA